AUGCAGAUUUAUAUUACAACAACAAUACGAGGUUCAAAUACCUAUGUCUUCGAUGUUGAACAAACAACAACUAUUCGACAACUCAAAGACUAUUAUCUUAAAAAGACCAAGGAAGAGGAAGAUCCUGAAAACUUGCUUCUAGCUCUAAAUACAAAUACACUCGACGAAGAUGAUAAAACCCUUUCGGAUUAUAGUAUAGGACCAGAUUCUAUGCUUACUUUGACUUAUAAUGACUUUACGGGUCGUAAUCCAAACUUUGGGGUACACUUUGUUGAUGUUAGUAAUAAAGCAGGUUUAAAAAGAACAGAUUGGGCAAAAACUGCCCCAGAAUGGCGAAUAGCAUCUCCUGGUCUGUGUUUGGAAGGAAUAUGUAAGAAUUCAACAUGUAAAGCUAGCAAUCAAAAGGUGAUUAUGUCCAUGGGGUACACUGAGUUUGAUGUUUUGAGAGAUCCAAGUAGCAAAACAACAAAAUGUCCAAUUUGUUCCAAAUAUGUUAAUCCAACAUCGUGUGCUUUUAAUAAUUGUUGGUGGAAAUAUGAAGGUAUAAAACAACCAAAUGAAUCUGAAGAACCUAAACUCAUCGAAAGUGAUUGGUAUCAUGCAGAUAAUGCCUAUCAUUAUUUUGAUGAAUAUACAAGUGGAACUGUACAAUGGCGACAUUUGAAAUUGAUUGCCGUAAAAACUAAACCCAAAAAAAAAUGA